GGACUAGCUAAAUUGCAGGAGAAACUCCUCCUUAAUUAUCAAAGAUCGAUGAUUAAAAUGCUCAUCGCUUAAAGACAUCAGGGGGAAGAGGGACAUCUGGAGGAGGCAAGGUCUGAAUGUUAAGAUGGCUCUCAUAAAUCCAGCAGCACUUUUGUUAUUAGUGUGCGUGCUAAUCCUCCGUGUUAACUCAUCGGUUGGCGACAAAGCUAGUACUAGCCAUAACAACAAUUCACAUGAAAACGGAACACCAGGUCAUGCCAGUGAUCCGAUACCGGAGCUCAAAGUGGCAAAGUUUGACUUUGCAUAUGUAGCUGGGCCACUGACGAUCAUUGUGUGGAUUUUGAUAGCAAGUUUUGCCAAACUCGUCUUCCAUUUGUCUCACAAGCUGUCUUCGAUUGUACCGGAGUCAUGUUUGGUAAUUGUUCUUGGAAUCAUCAUUGGAGGAAUAAUGAAGGGUAUAGGCAUUCUGGAUACAGUUCCUACCUUCUCAUCACGCACUUUUUUUCUGUUUAUGCUGCCACCAAUUGUUCUUGAGGCUGGUUAUUUUCUUCAGGACAAAGCAUUUUUCAACAAUAUAGGAACAAUCUUGUUGUAUGCUGUUGUGGGAACAAUUUUCAAUACAUUCACUGUAGGUCUGUCAUUGUUUGGGGUAUCAUUUAGAGAUGGGAUGAACUUGACUUUGAUGCAUACAUUGACAUUUGCAGCCCUGAUUGCUGCAGUGGAUCCAGUUGCUGUGCUGGCUGUGUUUGAGGAAAUUCAUGUUAAUGUCAUGCUCUAUAUCUUGGUGUUUGGUGAAUCACUUUUAAAUGAUGCUGUGACUGUAGUUCUAUACCAUCUCUUUGAGGCUUUAGCAGGAUUUGAUGUAGUCUCUUACAAAGAGAUCCUUAUUGGCUUUGCUUCAUUCUUUGUGGUCAGUAUCGGAGGGACAACUCUGGGACUGCUGUGGGGUUUAGCCACAGCAUUUGUAACCAAGUUUACUGAUCAUGUUAGAGUGAUUGAACCCAUCUUUGUGUUUAUCAUGAGUUACCUUUCAUACCUAACAGCAGAACUGUUCCACUUGUCUGGAAUUAUGAGUAUUGUCACAUGUGCUAUUGUCAUGAAGCCUUAUGUUGAACUUAACAUCUCAAGAAAGUCCCAUACAACAAUAAAGUACUUUCUGAAGAUGCUCAGUUCAAGUAGUGAAACUCUAAUCUUUAUGUUCCUUGGAGUGCAAGUGGUUAGCUGGGGUCAUGAAUGGAACACAAAGUUUGUUUUUGUCACCCUGGUAUUUAUCCUUGUUUUCAGGGCCCUAGGGGUGGUCAUCCUCACAUUCCUUGCUAAUAGAUUUGGUCGACUUAAUAAACUUAGUGCUGUAGACCAAUUUAUUAUGAGUUAUGGCGGUAUCAGAGGUGCUGUGUCAUUCUCCUUAGCAGUUUUACUGGACGAACAUCAUUUUCCACAGAAGAACAUGUUUGUCACGACCACAAUUGUUAUCGUCCUUUUCACAGUUUUCUUUCAGGGUAUGACAAUCAAACCUCUUGUGCGGAUUCUUCAUGUGAAACUGAGGGGAAAGGAACAGCUUAGUAUGUGUGUAGAGCUCAAUGAAAAGUUUUUAGACCACCUUGUGGCUGGAAUUGAAGAAAUAAGUGGCCAUCAUGGUCAUGGGUAUUACUGGGAAAUGUUUGAGUAUGCACACACACAUUAUCUGAGAAGGUGGUUAAUACGUGACGGUGAUCGGUUUGUCCAAGAUGAAGACAUUUUGCUGGCCUACAGAAGACUGGCUUAUAAAGAUGCCUUGACACGCUUAGAAAGAGAAGGGAGCGGAUCAGCCAUACAUCCCUCAAAUAUCCCAAUUGAACUGUUGGCAAAGAGUGCGCUUGAAGCGUCAGCCAUCUGUGCAAAGAAACCAAGGGAAACGGCUUAUCAAAACCAGCUUUUAGUGAAUUCGAAACCUAUUCACUUUCAUCAUAAACAUAAACCAAGGCAUCACCACAAACGACACAAGCAUCAUAAGCGACAUGAACAGCCUCCCAAGAAACAACUGUCUGCAAUCUUUGAGGAGGAUGAGGCCGGACGGACUUCUCCAUCAGCUGAAUAUCCAGUAGGUCCCAUUCCCUCGAGCAGCGAGGAUGAAGAGCCUGGUAUAUCUUUUGAGGCAAAGCCAAAGGGCAGAAUAGGACGAUAUCCUUCCUUUGAAAGCAAAGACGCAGGUCCUGGCGAACCACUCCUUAAGAAUGAAAAUAAUGAAGAUGCCAAAGAAAAUGACGACAGUAAACCCACCGAAGAUUCACCGACAGAGCCUGGUAGUGUUCCCUUGGAUUCGUUUGUGGUGCAAGUAGAUAAUGACGAAGGAGAAGAAAAGAUUGCUGAAAGCAAAAUGUAACGACGGAAUUAGGUUUAAUGUAGAAUCUUUCCUUUAAGGUAAAAGUAAAAGAAAAUGAAAUAAGUAUUUUAAGCGCUUACUUAUGACAAGUAACGAAGGUAUAGAAAGUGUGACAACUGGUAAUAACGUCUCGCGUAACGUUUCACGUUACCGAACGAUUCUCUUUAUUUAUUGAAAAGCAUGCGCUGUCUGAUCUAGCAAGUUGAAAGGCAUGGGAAAUGACAAAAUUUCAGCAAACCUAUUCGUGCUAACAAACCUGUGAAAAAAUAAGCUAAACCACGCAUGUUACUGCCCUGAUCAAAGACGGCGAAGAAAAAAAAAUGUUCGCUAAACUGUACACAUUGCAGCUGAUAAAACUCAGUUUUCCUGUUAAUUUUUUGUAUUGGAAAAUUAUUAUCUAGUCUAACUUUCACUUCUAAAAACUUUGAGUUUUGCUGUUUUUGUUCAAUAUUGGUCUUAUGUAGACAAGACAUAUAGGAAUUGAAUUACAUUUCUUUUGGAAGUCAAUAAGUCUUUUUUUUUGUAGUAAAGUUGACAGAAAUGCAAAGGAUAUAAAAGCAUAAGAAUUCUUUUUGUUAUUUUUUAAAAUUUUGUCUUGUUAAUUCUUGUAAAGAAAAGAAAAGUUUUCACAAUGUGGCCUUUAGUUGUCCUUAGCAGUUUAAUUUGCUUAUCAUUUAAAUUUUGCCAGAUAUUUGACUCAAGUUUUACUCAUGUAUAUGCAUAAAAAAAUACACCAAAGUAGACUUUAUUGGCUUUGCAUGAUAAGUUAUUGAAGUGGAAUAUUAGGGAUGUUACUCACUGUGAAUUUGAACCUAGUCAAGUCUUUAUUGCUUUGCAAAUUGGAUCACACAUGGAAGGGUCACAUCAAAAUGAACCAAUCAGGCACAUUAGUAUGAACUACAGUACUUUAAAACCCCAAAAUGGUGAUCAUCAGAGUAUUUAAGGAUUGUUAUUGUAGAAAUGAUGAAUAAGGAAAGAGCCAAUCAGUGGGGAGAAAACUAAACUGCAACACCAACCAUAAUUUGUGGUUUUGAUGAUUUUUUUUUCUCAUGGCCUGAACUUUAACCCCUUAACUCCCAGAAGUGAUUAACAUGAAACUUCUCCCUAUCAUAUUCAUACAUAAUCUGGCAAACAAGUAAUGAGAAUACUCAAAAGUAUCAGGUAGAAGUCUUUAUCCUGAUCAAAUACUUAAUUCUCAUAAAUUAUUUACAAGAAAAUGUUUAGCAGCUAGAGGUGAGAAUUGAUAAUCAGAUCUUGGGAGUUAAAGGGUUAAAAUGAUUGGUUGGUAUACAGUUGACUUGUCAGAACCAAAAAAAGUUUUUGACCAUUUCUGAGUCUCUCAUUAAGUCCCACUGAUCCAUUUUGCAAAACAAUGUAAACUUAAAACUUAAAACCACUCAAUUUUUGAUUGGUGGUUUGCAAUUUAGAGCUGUGUUUGAAUUUCAUUACCUGUAAAUGUUUUUGAAAUAUUAACUAAGCUAGUAAUCAAAGUUUGAAAUUCAACCAGUUCUUUCAUAGACUGUUACUGUUCAUUGAAUUUCACCUUAAAUAUGAAUUUGUUAGGAGAAUUGGGUAAAACUGAGAAGGGGGCAACCCCCAUAAAUUGAUGGGUAACCUGAAGAUACCCAUCAGUAUUAAACUGUUUUAAAGGAAAUAAUCUUAAAAUUGCAGUUGCAUGCUACUUAAUAUUUAAAAACCAGGCAAAUAGUUGGUGAAAAUACAGGUUUAAUGCUAUUUAAUGGUAAAAAUUAGCAGGUUUUUAGUAAGUAGUUGUUGUAAUUAGACGUAGUUAGAUGUAGUAAGAUGUGGUAAUGUUUUUAAAUAAGAUUUAGCUAUUUAUUAACAUGUGGAAAUGCCAGGCAAUUAUUUAGAGUUAAAUUAAUUAUUGAAAUUGUGGAAAUGCCACAUUGAGGUGGUAAAAUGAGACAAUUGCAAGAAGAAGACAUGCACAAUUGUUUACUUUAAGCUAAUAGCUGUUUGCAAUGAAA